UUAUAAGAUACGAAUGAUUGAAGUAAAAAGUUCCUUCUAGGCAAUAUCAAUAUCAAUGUCACUUUUACCUGCAUUUUAAAAUUCAUAAAUUGUUUUUUCCUCUUCUUUCGAAAACUAAUUAUUCUUAAUAUGGAGUGCCUUAGAUUAUUAGAAAGUUUAGAUCUUAUAGGUUAUUCUGGAAUAUGUUUAGGUACAGAAAAUUCUCAGCUACUUCAAAAUUCUUUGUUAAUCUUACAACAGGAAAAUCAUUUUCGAAAUUGUUAUUAUUGGGGAAGAAUCAAUGGUGUGAAAAAUGAUUAUCAAAUUGCCUAUGGCUAUCAAAAAGAUUGCCUCAAUGGACGGGUCUACUAUUACAGCACUGACGGUAUGAACUGGUUAUUAAUGCCUAAACCCAACAAAUGUGGAAGAUUUUUAUCGCCUCUUGCAGUCAAUAAAUUCGAAGGGGAUCCAUCUGUUGUUACUAUCGUUCACAAUUUGAAUCCACCAUUUUCACCUAACGAGGAUCCCAACAAACUUAAUGACGGAAUCACUACAAAAGAACUAAAAGAGGAAGAUCGUUUAGCAGCUACAGUAGAACAGAUAAAUGAAGAUGCAUUGGUGGUUCCUCGUGGAAGCUGGUAUAAAAAUCCAAAUGGUGACAUUAAAGAAAAUGUCUCUUUUGAGGGACUCACGUACGAUGAGUCUGAUCAAUUAAAUUCCUAUCUUCAUGCAAGAUUGCCUCAAAGAAAAUGGAACACUAACUUGUUAACAAGGCCAGAUUAUAAUUAUUCGCUUGAUUUUCUGGACCCUAUAGAUGAAGACGUUCCAAAAGGAUGCUGGAGUCUUCAAAAAGAAUUAGGAAAUCGUUUGGUGAUUUUAAAUAACACUUACUGGCCUGGAAUGACAUUUUACCACCAAGUAAAUUCACCACAUUUCGGAUCUAUGUAUAUAGGGUCCGGGAAAAAAAACAUUGAUGUUCCAUUUAUGAUCUGA